AUGGGGGAGGCCACUGGAACUGGGGAGCUGCCGGUGGGGGUCCUGCUGCCCACCCCAGCGCCGGAGGUGUUGGAGAUGGUGCUGAGCCAACGCUAUGGUCCCCUGCCCCGCGCUGCUGCCAUCGCCCGCCUGCGCAAGCAGCCGGAUGGAUGCUACCGCCCGGCGGGUGACCUGGCUGACAUCCUGGAGCGGCGGCAGGUGGCCAACGCCAAGGAGCGCGAGAGGAUUAAAAAUCUGAACAGUGGGUUCUCGAGGCUGAAGACCCUCGUGCCCCUCAUCCCCCGCGACCGCAAGCCCAGCAAAGUGGACACCCUGAAAGCUGCAGCCGAGUACAUCCGCCUGCUGCGCCUGGUGCUGGAAGAAACAGGGGGCAUUGAGUGUCAGAAUGUGGACGCUGAGCCGGAGCUGGGUGACAAUGGGUGGGGAACCCUGGGGGAGCUUCCCAGGACCCAGCCGGGCAGUGACCCCCUCCCUCAGUGGGGUCCCUCUGCCCGGGGCCAUCGCAGGAGAGCGGGGGCAGCUCCAGCUGAGGGCGACAGGGGUUAG